GAACAAGAUGUGACAGCCUUUCUUCCCUACCAUGUUCUUACUUGUCCAAACCUGUCCCUACAAUUAUAAUCCACAUGUAUAAAAACACAUCAGCUCCUCCUAAACCUCUCAUUAAGCCCCUUCCUCUUGCCUCUCCAAUUCAGUCCCUCGUUACAUUCCGACCCUGAAAAGCAAGAUCUCACGAAAUGUGCUCCUUGAAGACCAGAGUUCACCAGGCCCCGGCUAUUGCGCGGACCAAUGGGCGUCCUGUCCUCCAGCAGCAUCCUUGCAACCAAAUUCCCUCUCCCGAGCGACGUAACUCACUUGCCAAGAAAUCGCUGCCCCCGAGAUCCCCUCGGCAACUAUCCAACUCCACAGCAGAUUCACCACACGACCCUUGUACUAUUCAUCUCGCUCCUCCUGAUAAUGUUAAGCUAGCAUUGACCCCUCCAAUUUCUCCCAAGAAAAAAAUGCCAAGAAUCUCAAUUUUGAAAAAGGGAAAUGAACCAACAACUGCAUCUUCUGCCUUGUCCGGUCCUGACAAGGUUUUGGCUCUACAAUGCACGACCAGGUCGACAAACAAAUCGGUCGGUCAAGCACCACCUCCUAGUCCUGACACAUUGUUGACCAAAUCAGUUUCAGCUCCUCCUGGUAGCAUCGCAGCUGCUAGGAAAGAACAAAUUGCUUCGUUGCAGGAGCAGAGGAAGCAGAAGAUUGCCCAUUAUGGAAGAGUCAAGCCUUUCAAGCGCGAGGGCAAAGUCGUUCCGUUCAACCCCUCUUCUACUCUAGCUGUUGCGGACCGUGAGGAGAAAAGAUGUAGCUUCAUUACAGCUAGUUCAGAUCAUAUCAAUGUUGCUUACCAUGAUCAAGAGUGGGGAGUGCCCGUCCAUGAUGACAGAAAGCUAUUCGAGCUGUUGGUACUCAGUGGAGCUCAAGUAGGAUCAGACUGGACUUCAGUCUUGAAGAAACGUGAGGUGCUGAGGGAAGCUUUCUCAGGAUUUGAUGCAGAAAUUGUGGCCCAAUACUCUGAAAAGAAAAUAACAUCACUGAGUAGUCUCUACGGCCUAGAGUUGAGCCAAAUUCUGGGAAUCAUCGACAACUCCAAGCGGAUUCUCGAGGUGAGGAUGGAAUGUGGAUCUUUCGACAAGUAUGUGUGGGGUUUUGUGAAUCACAAGCCGAUCACCACAGAGUACAAGACCUGCCAGAGGAUACCGGCGAAGACAUCAAAGUCGGAGACGAUGAGCAAAGACAUGGUGAGAAGAGGGUUCAGAUAUGUCGGCCCGACCAUCGUGCACUCGUUCAUGCAAGCUGCUGGUCUCACCAAUGAUCACUUGAUUUCUUGCCCACGGCGCCUCCAACUCCAGUGCCGUUGAUUACAGAUAUUAACUCUUCAUGCAGCCGUAUAUAUUAAGAAAGAAAAAGGCAUUAAAAGGACCCUGACAAAGGUGGAGCAAGAUGAGUGAGUAAUAGUGCAUGAUCAUCACACAAGCGAGCGACAGGCAGGGGAAACUAGGAAGAUGACAGGUUCGAUCGUCCUGCAUAGCGCCUGCUCUGUUCAAAUUCCUUGGAGCUUAAUCAAUUAAACAACCACCGAUUUACUUUUCUGUUUUUUUCCCUCCUUAAAAAGAGGAAGUGAACUGUGUUUUGGGUGUUUUAAGUUGUAAGGAGAAGUAAAGGGAAAUGCUUUCUAGGGCGAGGUGAGAAGAGGAAGGAAAAGAAAAGAAAGAGAAGUUAUCAUUUUGUGUAUGGCAUUUGGGCAUAAAGAAACCAUGUAAUGUGAAGUAACGAAACGUAAUGAAGCAGACAUUGUUGAAAACCA